AGUCUCAGCAGUGGCGGCGGCGGCGGCGGCGGCGGCGGGAGCGGCGGGAGCGAUACAGUAGUAGCACCGACCGUCGGUUUUCCUGCGACCACAGCGGCGGCGGUGGCGGCGGUCGUCGCGAGGGGGCGCUGUGUGUGCUGGUGUACCCUCCUCCACACCGCGGUGUCGUCCUCAAGUCGUCAGUCAGUCGUACUCCGCCAGCGGAGCGGGAGGGAGCAGAGGAGCGCUGGACUAGCAUAGCAUCGGCUCGACAUCGAUCAGCGAUCAGAGAGUCGUGUUGAACCAACAUAACCCCUGCUCGACAUAGCGGAUCUGUUCGACAACGCAUCGAAUCGUUUUGAACCAGCACGGCUGGACAUAGCGCAUCGGUUCGACAUAGCCCCGGUUCGACAUAGCCCCGGUUCGAGCGGCCCCGGUUCGAACGGCCUCAGUUGAAACCCAACCAGUUGUGCCAGUGGAGUGUGGUGUGCUGUUUGCAUGUGGAGCUCAUAGCGGGUCGGUCGGUCAGUGCGCGGUUUGGUGCCGAAUACCGAACGGUUCCCGGUGAGACUUCCUGGUGCCACUGGUGCCGCUGGUGGUUGGUGAGGAGGAUUGGUGAACUCUGGAGUUAUGAAGGUGUUGCUGGUGUCAGUGCUGCUCACGCAGUUGUUGGUGAUCACAUCGGAACCAAUUUCAACGCUGCUGUUUCCCGAUGACCCGGAGUUUCCGGCCUACAAGGAGCACCUCACCACCACUACCCGACGGCCGGUGAGGGUGCACAAUGGUCGACAACAGAAAAAGAACAGAAUCAACGGUAUAUCUCAGACGGCUCGGUCGUCACGUUUUCGCCCCGAUCCAAACGCCAAGAAGCAGCUCACAGACGUCACCUCGUACCGGCAGGCGCGACGGCAGUUCCGGUAUGACCGGCGGGAUCCGCAGAGUUUCGACGACACCUCACUGGUGGGGGUGCUCCCCCCUAGAAGGGGAGGCUCGUCCCGUGCCCCUCCCCCUCCCCGGCCCUCCCUGACAGUGACCAGGGGAGGCAUGCCGGUGGUCGAGAUGGGACCCGAUGUGACCCGACAUUGCCCCAGUCCCACCGGGAGGUUUCCGAUAAUGCGUCACUGCGACAAGUAUCUGGAGUGUGUGUUCAGCUCGGGUUACCUCCGCUCGUGUGCGCCGGGCACCCAGUUCGACUCGGUAUCCGCCCAGUGCACCUUCCCUUAUAAGGCGAGGUGUGCCGACGACUUUGAGCUCUAUGAUGGUCCCGACGACCUGGCGGCCGCGGCCUCCACCCUGCCCCCUCUCACCCCGUCCGUAAUGGAGACACCCACGGCGCAGCUGCGAGCGGACGGCUCCGUGUCCACAGAGUGUCCCCGGCCGGCCGGCAUGUUCGCUAUACCCAACAG